AUGUACACUGUGCCACCCGCUCCUUUGCAAGAUGUAGUACCUACCGCUCAAGAGAAUAAACUUAUUCUUCCAUCGUACGCAAUGGCUGUCGGUGAAAAUUCUUCGUUCACGUUGGGGUUGGCCGCUGAUGGGCCUGUCCGUGAUGCACGUAAAGUCCCUGUGGAAGCGGUCAAAAAAGUUUCCAUGUCGAAUAGCCACACUUUGUUCCUCACCCAAAAAGGAGUAGUAUUUGGAUGUGGAGUUGCGUCGAACUUUGGGAAAAGUGACGAUAUCGGUAGUCUGGUGGUGAAUCCUAUCAAAGUGGAUUUCCCUGGAGAGAACCUUCCCGUUGUUGAUGUUGCAGCAGGCCCGCACCACUCUGUCUUCAUAACAUCAAAAAGU